CCUGUUUCGGCCAGAUUAAAGUUCAUAGAGGAAGUUUCUGCAAGGAACAGCCUGCUAUUGUUAUAGACGAGCGCUGUGCAGACGUAAGAGAAUAAAGACCACAAGCGAUUUUAGAUCUGAGAUGAAUGAGGGAGAGAGCCAAGGUCUUGUGAAACACACUGGGGGCUGUCACUGUGGUGCAGUGCGUUUUGAAGUAUGGGCCCCACAAGAUCUGCACAUCUUCCAUUGCAAUUGCAGUGUUUGCACUAAGAAGCAAAACAAUCAUUUUAUUGUCCCAGCCUCUCGCUUCAAACUUCUUAAGGGGGACUCUCAUUUAACAACCUACACGUUUAACACUCAUGUUGCCAAACACCUCUUUUGCAAAACAUGUGGUGUGCAGAGUUUCUACAAGCCUCGCUCCAACCCAGAUGGAUAUGGGGUAUGUCCUCACUGCUUGGAUGAAGGAACUGUUCGUAAGAUCACUAUGGAGAAUUUUAAUGGGAAAGAGUGGGAAGUCAGCAUGGACCAGCACAAAACCAUUAGAAACAUGUCAAUAGACUGACACGGCUGUCUUAGUUCUGCAAAGACUCAGAGAGCUAAGGGGAUGAUGCCUACAUUAACAAAUUCAACCAAAUGCAGAAUAUAGCUGGCAAUAAAAUAAAGCCUUACUACAUGAAAUACCAAAAUAAGCUUUUUCAUUCUGUUGCAGUAAAGGUGUUGAAAUCUCAAGUGAGUGAAGUCAUGAGGUAGUUCAUAAACAUAAUGAAUGACAACAAAAUAAUCACAACAAUACAGUAUUUAUUGUACAAGGCAUAUAAACCGAUGGUAAUUGUCUACUGAGCUGCCAUUUUAUCAAAUAAGACUUGCAAUAAGAUGUAUCACAUAAAUGUGCAUGAUAUCAACAUUUGGAGCAGUCACUGACAUAGCAACUGGCUCAGUGUUGCACAGUGUGGCGAGGUGCAGAGGAUUAAGCUGCAAACUGAGGGAUUCACCAUUCCAUGCUUUGGUCACUCCGCAGUCCUGCCUCAGGUACAACAGAUGACAAAGAAAAAAGCAUUUUGCUUCUUAUAUUGUAAAAAUAAACCUAAUAUUCUAUUAACAGCCAUCAAUAAUAGCCAUGUUGGCAUUUUCCCCACUUGUCUUAUUAAAAAUGGUUUCAUAAA